GUGCAAGUAAGUCCAUGAAUAAGCUAUCUGACAAAGGAUGGACAAUUUUGUAAAAGACUUACUACCUUCUUAUAACUCAAGUUGUGUUAGUUUAUCUUCAUUAAAAUUACUCAUCUUUGACUCUGUUCAAGUUAUUCAGUUGACUACUGCCUCUUUCUUAUCUAUGUUCAAAGCACUUCUUUCUAUUCCUUCCAAAGAUAUGAGCCAUCACAUCUUAAGCACAAGUUUAAGAUGUCAAGGGAUUUGUGGUUAAGAAUGAAGACUUACCUUGAUGCAUACUUCAAGUUUCUCUGGGUCAUGCUGCCCCUCAUUGUGUAACUCUGCGACUGAUAUCUGUUUAAAUCAUUUACCCGCUUCGUCUUCCAAGUUGUUAACGUCCAAGUGGCCUCUAUGAAGUAUUUAUGUUAGUUCUUACGCCCAAUUUUCCUUCGGUAACAAUUUUUGCCUUCAAUUCAAUACUCAUGGUUGUAGUUCUCUUUCAAGUAGAUACAUUUUCAUGUCAGUUUAUAUAUAUUACCACAGACAAUGAAAUUAAAUUAAAGACAGCACUAGCUUAGAGUUUCAAGGAAAAGGAGACGAAAGAACGUGGCUCAAAUGAUGCAAGAACAUUCGGGGAACAUACAAGGAGUAUUAAAGCGCAAUCAUGAAGCCAGCCGGUAAAGGUACAGAAUGUUAGUAACACAAUUCACAUAUUCUCCUCUGACGGCAGGUAGCAUAAUAUUUGACUAAGCAUGCACUUCGCAUUCAAUAUGAUGGCUUACUUUAUCUUUCGAUUCUCCUCCGUGUUCCUUCAUCUUUUGUUACUUCCACGUUCCAGACAAUGAGUUUCUGUUUUUUCUGCUUACCCCUUCCCCACACAUCUUCACUGUCUCCGACAACUCAUUCUGUUCCCACAUUCCCCCGUGUCUCUUGUUGCUUUUGUUGUUCCUACUUUGCAGCGGAUUCCUCGAACCAGGGAACGACUUCGAGUGCUGAUUUCAGGUACACUAUAACCCACUAAGGAACCCGUGCACUCACAUAAGUAUUUGUGACGUGUUUUGCUCUGGUAAGCCAUACAGCCUCUUUUUUUUAAUUGUUGUAUUGACUCCUAUGCUGAAUCAUUCAUGCGUAUUAAUCUAACUCCUUGGCCAUUCGUUCUUGUCGAUUCCUCGUUCAAGUUGUUCAACGACUUACUCGCUUGCCCUUGAGACAUCAACAAGGACUAUAUUUCGCUGAAUCUGUAUCUGCGCCCUCUGUGCGCUCGGUUUCUUGUCUCUCGUAUCGUUGUACACAGCUGACCUUCCUUUUUUUCAGCUGAUCUUUUUUCUGUCCAUGAACUCGGUAUUCGUCUCUUUGUAUCUGUUCUGACAUAUCGGGAACAGACUCAUAUCUCAGAUAAAGUUCUACCCCCCUUAUUUAAAAUAUCUGACUCAUGUUCACAUGUAUGCUUGCCUGCUAAAAACGAACAUGACGAUAAGAACAUGGACGUUCUUACCUCCGACAAGGUUAAGGCUAUCUAGUUUGACUGCGAAUGAUCUUCAGUUGUGGUAGUAGUGAGCCGGCACCCCUGCUGUACUACCACAUCUUCCUCUGUAGAUCAUUGCGAGCACCUUCUUUCUUUCUUUUCUUUCGACAAGAAGGACCUCAGGGGCAGAAGCAGUCCCUAAUAUGCGCAUA